AUGGGAGGAAAGCUGAGACACGUGCUAAUUUUCCUUCUCAUCAUCCUGAAGGAGCCCAACAUGCCGGAAGCUGCCUGCAGGAGUAAGUGCGGACCACAUCGCUGCAAAUGCAUCAGAAUGGGCCUCACCAGCAUCCCUCAAGACCUGCCAACAACUAUUCGUUACUUAAUGUUAAAUGAAAAUCUGAUUACAUCUUUAAGUCAGUCAGAGCUCAUGAGAUAUAGAAACCUGAGAGAACUGCACAUGUUGUACAACCAGAUAAUUGACAUCCAGGUUGCCUCAUUCUCAAAUAUACCAAAUCUGGAUAUAAUAUUCCUAGAUCAUAACAGUAUAACUGGCAUUCAUCCUGGUAUAUUCUCAAAUCUACAAAGUCUUAAAUAUUUGAUUCUAUCCUUUAACCAGAUAACUUACAUUCAGGCUGGUACAUUCGCAUGUCUACCAAACCUCAAAUCAUUGUCCCUAGGCAACAAUAAGAUAACCAACAUUACGCCUGGUACAUUUUCGAAUCUACCAAAGCUCACAAAGUUGUACCUUGGCUCCAACCAGAUGACUAAAAUUCAGAGGGGUACAUUCUCGAAACUACCAAAACUGUCAGAGUUACAGCUACAAAAAAACAAGAUAACUGACAUUCAGUUUGGUACAUUUUCGAAUCUACCAAAGCUCACAAAGUUGUGCCUUGGCUCCAACCAGAUAACUGACAUUCAGUACCACAUUCACCACCAUGUCUGUCGACCCAAGAAACCCAAAAAACAACCCUUCCCGUGA